AUGAAAUAAAAUUUAGUAAAUUAUAGGAAAAGAAUAUCACAAAUUGUUUCUUCUACUUUUUUUUAAGAAUAAAAGGUCCUAGAAAAAGACGAGUAACCACCACAUAUGAUUAAAAACAGAAUAAAAUCUUUGCAUCUACCCGAAUUAUAAUAAUUGAUGGAUAAUUCUAUUGAAUUAGAUUUUAGUGGGCGUAAAACAGCGUAAAUAAAUCAAACAAAUAAUAUCAGUGUUUUUUAAUAAGUCGAAUAAACAAAUGAAGGAUCACUGAAGAAAUCUUUAGUUUUAUCUAGAAAUUCUUCACCAAGAAAUCGUAGGCCACAAAGAAGAGGUACUCUUUUUUUGAUAGAUGACAAUUAAUAAAAGAAAUAUGAAUUAUGGGCAAAUAAGUUAAGAAAGAGAACAACAGAUAAUUUUAUCAAUAUAAUUUUGAAUCAUUAUAUUGAACUACUUGCUUCAAUGUAAAUGAAAAAUUACAAAUAUUUGAUUGAUAUAUAUUGUGAUAUUGGAGAAUAAUUAUUAUAAAGUCCAAUUAUAUUGAUUCGAUUUACUCUUUUUAUUGGAUCAUACUUUUUAGAGAUGAAUGAUUUUAAUAAAAGCAGUUUCCUAUCUAAACAAUUGUUUAUAAUUAGUAAAAUGUUAUCUUUAUAUAAAGAGAGAUCUAGAAUCAUGCUAUUUAUUUCUAAGAUUUGUUAGUAAGGAUAAUAAUAUGAAUAAUCUUUAUAAAUAUUAGAAGAUGGAUUAAUUUAUAGUUGGUUGAGUAAUGGAUAAGAAGAAGAGGCUCAAAUAUAUGAAUCAAUGGGGAUUUCAUUAUUUUAUAUGUAAUAAUAGAAGAAAGCCAGAAUAUUUCAUUUUAAAUAUGUAAAUGGACAUUUAGAACCACAUAAUUCAUAGUUAAGAAUUUCAAUCAUAUAAUAAUUAUAAUUAUAAGAAAGAUUAUUAAAAUAGAAAGGAGAGAAAUAAGAUGAUAUAAAUGAAGCAGUAAUUAAUAGAUUAUAAUUUCCAUUUUUGAAGAGAGAAAGGAAUAAAUUAAUUAAGAAGAUUGAUAUAUCUUUAUUUGAAGAAAAUAUAAAAUACGUGAUAAAUGAAUUGAGUUCAAUAAUGAAUUAUGAGAGUAUAUUAAUGAGGGAUAUUUAAAAUCAAUAACCAAAAAUGAAAUUACGAGAUUUAGGAACAAUUACUGAAAAGUUUUUAGAGUUGAAAAGAAAGAAUAUUAGACUUUAAUGGAAAUAAAGAGAAAGAAUUAAAAGCUUUACUAUUGAUAAUAAUAUAAAUGAAUAUCUUACAUAAAGAAAAAAGUCUAUUGUAGAUUGUUAAGUUUUAUUUAAAAAAAUACAUGAUGAUAUUGGAUAUAAGAAAGACAAAGAAUUAGAGCCUAUUCUUAUUAAUUAUAGCCAAAAGAAAUAAUUGAUUUUANUAAAACAGCGUAAAUAAAUCAAACAAAUAAUAUCAGUGUUUUUUAAUAAGUCGAAUAAACAAAUGAAGGAUCACUGA